UUAGGAAUUAGAGAGUAAAAUCCCAGCACAAUGUUCACCACUAGAGACGAUGAUCCAAGCACAGAUGACGUGGAGGCUGAGUUUCCCAGGUGUUCGCUGCCAGAAUUAUAUGCACUGGCUGAGAAUGUUAACAAAGAGAGCAAAAAAUCGAAUCGCCUAAAAACUCUUGGUCUUUCACCAACUGAAGCACGGAGAAUACUUACUCAAAUCCUGACUAUCACUGGCAGAACGGAUUCAGGAGAAGAUUCCCAACCUGUUCUCAAGGACAAGGAGGUUAAAAGAAAGGAGGAGAAGCCACCAUCGCUGACUGACCUCCUCCACCACAGCUUACUGACCGGCUCGCCGUCUCAUAUAGGCAGGCUGGGGGAAUCCAAGCAGAGACUUGCUCAGUAUGGGAUCCCUCCUCCCAUGCACACUUUUCCCUUUGAGGUUAUCAUCACUGACACCAACCUUUCAGGCACCACACAAAAGAGGCUUGUGAGUACCGGAAAAGUACCCAGAAUAAGCAUUUCCAAGGUGAAGACAGACAAGCUUUUAUUUGAAGAUAGAAUUACUGAAUACUCAAUCAUAGAACCAGAAAAACAAUUCUUGGACCUGAGGGAUCUGGAGUGGAAAUAUUACAAGGGGAUCACAAAGUGGAAGCACAAAACUUCAGAUGCAUUUGCAAAAAUACAGUAUAACAGUGAGAAGAGGUUUGUAGAGAACAAGGAGACACCUACUAUUGUUUUCCCCUCACUCAUUCGUAGGUCUUUGGUCAUUUAUCCUCAAGUUAAUUUCCCACCAAAUUUAACCUUGUAAGUGAAAUAUGUAGUUUAUUGAAAAUAUUCUGGAUGUAGAUUUUGCUUUUAAAAUUUUUGAAUUUACACACAAAGAUUUACGAAGCAGAUGCCCCAUGGAACACAGACCUGAUUCUAUAUGAUAUGCACAUAAGGUCUAAAAUUAAAUCACUGAUAUGGGGUAAAAGAUCCACCCUGACCUUCUAGGGUGUAUAGGAAGGAGAACACACAUGAGAAUAGCUCUAUAAAAUUUUUUAAGUACAUGAAACAGUCCACUAUCAUAAAAAUAGUUGGUAAACUCAACAAAAGGGAAAAUUAACACCUGAGGCUAUAGAGGCAAUUUGAGAAUUUCAAAAUAUGUUAACAGCUCAAAGACAUGAGGAAGGAAAUAGCAUUUAUGAGAUAAGAGUGGGAAGAUUUUAAGAAGAACAAGUUGGAAAUAUUAGAAGUGAAAAACAUAGUAAUUGAAAAUAAAGCAA